AUGGCCUUCGAUGACGACGAAGAUCCCAUCUACGGAAGUACUCUGAUCGCCUCGCUGGUUCCCACGACCCCAAACACGGCCCUCGAAGAUGACGAUCUCGACGACCAGAUCAUAGACUACAGCCAAUUUCUCUCGACGUACUCGAAGGGCAAACAAUCGGUGCGAAAAGCAGUUCGCCGUGGCGAGAAAGACUUCGAGUCGCAUGGCACGCGAGUACAGGGCGACGUGUUGGAGUCGAGUCGCAAUGCGAUGCACGAGGUGCUGAGCUUUACCCGUACACAUGGAAAGCCGCGCGAUUACAUGCGCGGGUACUAUUUUUCAGAGCAAUGGGUCAACGAACCGGUUGACGAAGAGUCGGGGUUGUGUAUGAGGGAGCGGGUCGUGGUAGUCGACAUUCCGAGGAGUACUUUGAUGAAGAGCAUGGGGAGGGCACAUAGCGGUCUUACGAGUCGAAAGGCAGACCGGGUUCCUGGGUAUCAGAAGGAUUGGUUGCUGCCCGAGGAAGCACUGUUUUUGGUGGAUCGGGGAGACUUGGACCUUUGGUGGCCUCGGAAAGAGAUAAAGGACAUCUUUCCGCUUGGCAAGGGUGAAACCACAGAAGAUUUUGAGCACGCGGAAACUGAGGCGGGUCCUGAUGUCGACGAGGAACUCGGAUUACCAUUGAGCGUACAAGCUGCGUAUGCUCUACUCAUCGGCAAGGAAGGCGAGCGAGGCAAGGUGACAAUGGAGAGAUACCAAGUUUAUGCCAACCUCCGCAGGACAGGCUAUACCGUCCUGCGCCCCAAGGCUGCAAUUCCAGCACCACCGCCGACACCUCCACCUCAAACCAUAUGGCAAUGGCUACUCUCUCUGGUCCAGCCUUCAGCCGCAGGUCAGCCGAGUCAAGACCUAACGACUUAUCAACCUGCAGGCCCCUUGGUUAAGCCCGGACUUUAUCGUUCUUAUCAACCCAUAUACGCUCAGCUCCACCUCAUCCCACGUCACAAACCCGAUCCCAACUCACGUACGCCAAUCCCACCCGAAUCUCCCUACAGGACGUGCUUCCACGUCUACCGCUCCCGCCCCGCUUUCCAAAAGACCAACCCAGGUGUUCCCGACUUUCUCAUCACAGUGGUGGAUGCCCGGACCACUAGCGUCCCGACGCUCGAGGAGAUUGUGCCGCUUCUGGAGUCUGGACCCUGGGAUCUGCCAAAGACAAAGGGAGACGGGGUGAAGCAGAUAUACUCGCGGCUGAAGCAUGGUUGGCGUAACACGAUUGUGGCGGCUGUGGACGGCGGCAUGAUUAGCUAUGUAAGGUUCUCAGAGAUGGCAUUUUCUGAGGAGAGACUCUUUGAGAGGUUUGAUGGGAAUACGCCCAGAGCCUUGAAGGGCGGUCGAGGGCCGAGAGGAGGAAGAGGGGGGGUUAGAGGAAGAGGAGGGCGAGGUGGAGGCCGCGGUGGGGGAAGAGGGGGCCGAGGCGGCUGA